AUGAGUUCCACAACCAAUCCCGUCGCCUCAAUCACCAACAACUCUGGUGCUUCUGUGGACAUAUACGAUGUCUUCAAUCCUAGCACCGACCCCAAGAUGCAGGGGCCCUUGACAUACACCAAACUGGCCACUGUGCCAAGCGGCAGCACCCAGCAGGUCCAGACCAUUCACUUUGCCAGCCAGCUUCAGGCCAUGUUCACUGGCAACGUCACAGCACUGAGCGGCACCUUCUACCAGCAGUUUCCUGUUGCUGUGCUUGCAGUCUCCCCCUUUGCUGAUUCAAACGCCUUCACUGUUACUAGCAACAAUCAGCAGAGCAUGGUGGACUCGUUCAAGUUCAUCAAGUACACCCAGGCGAACCCAUCUUCGCAACUGGCUACGCAGUUCCGCACAGCUCUUGGUGACACGACGAACCAGAAAACUGCGGUCAACAAGUUCUUCCAGAGUACUGGUAGUUUCAAACUGUGCACGCUUAGUACCUGGACUGCGGUUUUCACUUGGCAAGCCCAGUUCACGAACCCCUGGCAGGGAACCUACUACCUCUACAGCCUUGACAAAGUCCCGGCUUUGGUAGCAACACUGGCCAUUACCGCUAGCGCUGAUAACAGCUCAGCUGUGCUGACCAUGGCUGGCACAAACAACGAGAACACGGCGGUGGUCAUGGCAGGUGAUGGCACCAUGUCGGAGCAGAACCAAGGCACUGGGAAUCUGUCAGUUGCUCUGACUCCCACCUGGCUGAAUGUAGCCCAGACCAGCCAGCAGGACGGCAAAACUGUAUCCAACUAUGUCAUUGGGGCUGCGUUCACGGGCACCAUCAACGGGCAGAAGGUGGCCGGCAACCUCAACCAGUUGGCCAUCCCAGACCCUUCAGAUAGCUCUAAGAACGCUAGCAACAAGAACUCGGCCAACGGAUUCUCUCUUAGCAUGCUCGAAGGUUUGAUCGGAAUGUUGACCAGCAUCGGUAUGCUGUACUACAUGGCCAAGGGCCACAAGCAGGCCGAGACCCAGAAGAAGAAUGAUGUUGAGAAGGACGCCACCAGCAAGAAGGACGCUGAAGACAAGGUCGAGAAAGUUGAGAAGGACUACCAGUCAGAGUCAGUCCCAGAUGUGCAAGCACAGGCUUCAAAGGUCGAGGCCACUGUGCCAGAGGUGCAGCAGGGCUAUAAGGGGGUCAACCAGGCUCAAGACAUCCAAGGCAAGACAGACACCAUCCGCCAACAGAAAGAAUCCAUGAAUGAAGUCUUGGAAGGCGGUGCUCCAUCCCCAGCCACAGAGGAUACAGCCAUAAACCUCGCCAAGGCCAGCGAUGAAGUCGCCGGCGCAACGGAUCCCAACAAGAGCUCAGAGGAGCGCGACGCAUCUCUGAAAGAUGCCACGACAACCCUGAACAAAACGAGUGAGGAUAUUCAGACCGCCUUGAAGGACCAGGCUGAAGAGCUUCCGAAGGAGGAGGCUCAGAAGCUGGAGGAUGCUAGUGAGGCGAUUGACCAGACGCAGAAGGAGGCUGAUGCUGAGAAGGAGGUUCAGGAGGAGCAGGAGAAGGAGAAUGAGGAGAGUCCGGAGAAUGAGGUGGAGGAUUCUACCUUUGAUCCACCGGAGGGAAGAGAGGCACCCCCUUUUGAGGGAGCGAUCUGA